GCCGCCCCUGAUUGAGUCAACCUAACCGACCAUUGUCAGGACCUCUUGAAUGAAGAUCACUGCAAAGUGUUCAGUUUUCCACAUGGGAGGCUUUAGCUCUGACAUAAUCAAAUGGUGAAGAACUUAGUCGGAAUUGGUCGGGAGACUAAAAUCUCAAUUUUGCUGCAAAGGAAAUUUGAUUUAGAAUCUUUGACCUAAAGAUUUGCAGGUGAACCUGCAAACCUUAGAUAAGGAAGCCAAAGAAUGGAUCUUGCAAGAUGUCACUUGCAGCUUUAAUAUUAUAAAGAAGAUCUGAAGAUAUUGCUUACAUCUACCUGGACUUUUGCAAGUAGUAAUUUACUCUUUAAGAUUAACUGGAAGAACUGAUAAUGAUGUGAAUGUUAGUCUACUUGCUUCAUAAUUGCUUGGCUUUGAAAUCUGUUUACUCCUCUUGCUGGAACAGUUGGCAUACAGAUUUGAUUAAUUGUAAGUAAGCUUAUAUAGAGUACAAAUAAGCAACACAAAAAAGCACUAGAUUUCUUGGAGAGGUAAGCCUCUGGUCCUAAAUGCAACCACGACCAUGUGUGAGACGGAGAGAAAGCGUCCGAUCAUUGCUGGCAGAGAAAAAGGACCAGGGCCUGGGCGAUACGUCCUACCACCAACUAUUGGUUUUGUAGGCCACGAUUUCACAAAGUUGACAAGUCCUGCCUUCUCCUUCCAUGGCAGGAUGAGUAAUAACAUGCACAGCAUAGACUGCAGUCCAGGGCCUAAAUAUCAUAUUGAUGCAAAACUCACUCGCUUUGGAAGGGAUGGAACUCCUGCGUAUUCCAUACAUGGCAGAAUGGAAAAUGAAGCAGGAUCUUUCUGCACCCCUGGACCAGGAGCGUACAGCCCUGAGAAAGCGCCUCUGUGCAGCACCCAUCGCAAACCACCAUCCCACACCAUGGGCUAUCGCACUCAGUAUCGCUCUGUUGACGCAGUGCCUGCCCCAAACAAAUACACCCUUCCUUCUCUCAUGGGCUCCCACAUUCUAACCAAGACAUCCAGUGCCAGUUACACCAUCUCUGGGAGAUGCAAACCUGGGGGUCCUGCUGAGGACUUGGCUAAAACUCCAGGUCCUGGUAGAUAUAACAGCACGGAUCCCAGUGUAUAUCUCCCAAGGCGGCCAGCUUUCUCCAUGUUGGGUAGACAUACUACACAGAAGGAGCCCACACUAGUACCAGGUCCUGGAAGUCAUAACCCAGAGAAAGUGAAAGUGCACAAGCCCAGAAUUCCUGCAUUCUCUUUAGGCAUCAGGCACUCAGAGUUUGUAACCCCUUUAGUGAUAGAUUAGUAUUAGUUUGAAAACUGAUUACUAUUUUAGUUGUAUAUUUAAUGUAAUGUCACAUGCCUUUUUAUCGAUUUUUGAUACUGAUCAUUAGGGUCCAAAAUUCACCAUAAAUAUCACAUUUUACCCCCCAGUUCUCAGUACCAUAACAUGC